AUGAAUGCGAACGAGGAAAAUAUCGUAAGUAAGCUCGCAAUAAAAAUACCGCCAUUCUGGAAUGAUGAAUCCGAGCUAUGGUUCGCCCAGUUGGAAGGGCAAUUCAUACUUGGCGGUAUCACGCAAGAUACCACCAAAUAUUCGUACGUACUCUCCCAACUAGAUUCACGCCAGAUCAAAGAAGUGAAGGACAUUAUUACGCAUCCUCCUGACGCAAACAAAUACGAGGCUAUCAAAAGGGCAUUAAUCCAACGGUUGUCUGUCUCUCAGGAACAACGCACACGACAACUCCUAGAACUUGAGGAAAUCGGAGAUCGCAAACCGUCACAAUUCUUGAGACAUCUACGAACACUGGCCGCAAAUAAUGUUCCCGACUCUCUAUUACGCACAUUAUGGCUAGGAAGGCUCCCUAAUCAGAUGCAGAUGAUCCUGGCCACACGGGCGGAAGACUGCCUGAACGACGUCGCUGAACAGGCCGAUCGCAUUCACGAGAUGUCAUCAAGAGCAGUAGUGGCGGCUACCACUGCGCCAUAG